GAAAACUGAUGCAGUAACAACCACCACACCACUACCUUUACUCCUUUUACCUACACUUGUUGAAUCCCUUCAAUCCUCCCGGGAAUGUAGACUGUAUGCUCGGCAGCUGCUACUCCUGGAGCAGCCGCAGAUAUGGCACAAUCACCUGGCGCCUUGUCCGAAAUGUGACUGUAACCAGACACUUAUGGUCUUCCUCGGCAGGAUGUGCACGCAGAGCGCACACUGGGCUGCCACUCUUCUCGCGGAGGAGGGAGACGGUCAGACGGCUCACUCACUCUGCAUCGGCGCAUGAGAAGCCAGCAUCGCCCUCGCUCUCCACACCGCAGACAUCCUCACUCCUGGACCCGUCCUCCCCGCACAGUUCCCUGGACUCCUUCCACGCCUACGCCCGGCGCACCGGUCUGGCGCCGACCAGCACGGUCUACGCUGGCACGACCUACGAAUACCUCGCACAGUCGACCCUCCGACCGUAUGGGUUUAGUCUGCAUCGAGUGGGCGGCCGAGGCGAUCGCGGCGUCGACCUCGUAGGCAUCUGGGAGGUGCCCGUCUUGUCACACUCGGGUGAUUGGAAAGAGAAGAAGCACACCACCGGUCAGGGGCAUCAUUAUGCGGGAACUGAAGACUUCGAGGGAGUGGAGACCCUGCAGCUCAAGGUCCUCGUCCAAUGUAAACGGCUGGUGGGCAGGCACGCGAGGAUUGGGCCGAACUUGGUCAGGGAACUGGACGGGGCCGUCAGAGCGACCAGAAGUGCAGCUUUGGUUAACAUGGUCUACACUCAGAACAGGACCGCGAGCAUGACAGCCGAAGAUGGGAAUUCGGGGAGCUGCAGCGAAGAAGAGCCACGACUGUCGGGAUUGCGGUCUGGGCCCGCCAUCGGCGUUCUGGUAGGCACGAGGCCAGCGACCAAGGGCGUGGUGGACAGUAUGAGCCGGUCGACACGUGGCUUGGUCUGGGUCAUGAUGGAAGAAGUCACGGAUCAGGACAUGAGCCCUGGAGAAGAAUUACCACAUGCGAGUCGAGACGAGUCCGCUCCCCCAGCCAGACGCCCUCACUCCGCUGCGGGGCUGAAAGGCCGCAUCAAGCAAAUUCUCUGGAACCAGGCUGCGCGUGAGGCGGGACUAGAAGGCGUCGACGUGGUGAAGCGGUACGACUCAAAGGGCCAGGAAGAGGUGGUCCUGAUGCGUGGCGGCCGAGUGUGGGGUGGAGGUUCAAGGAAAUGAAUCUUGAAACGUCGGCUUCAAAGUUUGCAAUGUAAUAUAAAUACCCCAGCAAACUGCAAAAUAAACGGCAAUAUCAGUUAUGGUAUCGUACA